CCCAACAUUAGAGAAGCCUGUGGAAGAUCGGUUGGGAUAGGUGUCGUUGCUGUGUACUUAUUAUAUUGCGUUGAGCUAUAUUAAAAAGUUGGAAACAAAGUAAUCUUAAUUAUCAUUGAAAGGCGAGUUGUUUCUGAGAUUUAAUGGCAUAAUUGGUUAGCCAAAUAGUACAACACAGUAAAUAACACCAUCACAAGCUAACUGGUUAGUGAAGCAAGCUAACAAACGAAAACAGCCAAAAUGCAGGAGCUGAUAGCGACUGUUGACCACCUUAAAUUUGAUCUGGAGAUUGCUGUAGAGCAACAGCUGGGUGCCCAACCGUUGCCUUUUCCUGGAAUGGACAAAUCUGGUGCUGCUGUAUGUGAAUUCUUCAUGAGGGCAUCUUGCAUGAAGGGUGGCAUGUGUCCCUUCCGCCACAUCAGUGGAGAAAAAACAGUGGUUUGCAAACAUUGGCUUCGAGGGUUAUGCAAAAAGGGGGACCAGUGCGAGUUCCUUCAUGAGUAUGACAUGACCAAGAUGCCUGAGUGCUAUUUUUAUUCCAAAUUCGGAGAGUGCAGCAACAAAGAAUGUCCCUUUCUACACAUUGACCCUGAAUCCAAGAUAAAAGACUGUCCAUGGUAUGACCGAGGAUUCUGUAAACAUGGCCCGGAUUGUAGACACAGACAUACACGAAGAGUCAUUUGUGUCAACUACCUUGUUGGCUUCUGUCCAGAGGGGAGGUCCUGCAAGUUCAUGCACCCACGUUUUGAGUUGCCAAUGGGUGCUACUGAACAACCUCCUCUGCCUCUACAGUCUCAUACUCAACAGAAGACCAUGCAGUCCACAAACAGGUCGUCACUGUCAUUGAUUCAGCUGACCAAUAUAAAUUCUAACAACCAACAAAGGAUGCCGCACAAUAUAGGACCAAUGAACUCUCAAAACAAUAUGGGGGGAAACCGAGGUCCUCGUCCAUUAGAUCAAGUCACCUGUUACAAGUGUGGCGAGAAGGGUCAUUAUGCCAACAAGUGUACAAAAGGACAUCUGGCUUUCCUCAGUGGACAGUAGCUUUGUAUGGGCACCUUUCAUCUCAAUUAGAGCUGGAAUCUCAGGGCCUUCAGUGUGCCAGUCAAGAUACAUUCAGCCUUUUAAAACAAGGCUCUGAUCAGGCUUUCCAACUGCCUAAAAUCUUAAGGUGUUUAGACUUCACCUUGUUCAAGGAACAAGUGUAUAUUGUACAGCACAUCUUUUCCUACCCAUGGAACUGGUGAUACUAACCUUUCAUUUCCUGGGCUGGAAACAUGAAAUGUAAUGUGAAAGGGCUGUGGCAAUUUGGAGCUCAAAUAAACCUUUACCUUUUUGCCUUACUAAAAGAAUUGAAAGCAAAUUAGUAGUCACCAUUCGGAGGUUGUAAGAACAGGAGGAAGCUAGGCAUUCUCUAUGUGAAUCUACCUUAAAGGAACAAAACAAAGUCAUAUGAUUAAGGUGUAGACUAUUAGCCAAACUGGACUUGAGGAAUCAAACUUCAGUGGAAUCUAAUCUAAUCAUAAUGGUGUGAUUCAUUGUACAUUUGUUUUCUUUUCUUCCCUCCAAUACAUGAACUUGCUGUUUUAGUUGUCCAUGAAUGCAAGACAACGUGGCUGAAACCAGAAAUGAAUACAACAUAGGAAACUCAUUGUUGUAAAUGAAAUUGCCAGCAUUUGUAAUAAAAACAUGAUCCGUUUUACUACA